AUGUCUCGUAAGGCGCGCGCACUGUCCGACCCCGUCGGGUGCCUUAAGAAGUUUGACGUCGCCAUGGAGGCGGGCGGAGCCACCGUUGUGCUGGCCGCGGAAGACAAGUCCGUUCCCGCGGAUGAUAGAGCCGACUUCACAGCCGCAGACUUAAGCGCGAUAGAUGAUUCACGGUGUGGAUCCAGCGUGAAGAGCGUCUACGGGUUCCAUCGUGUGCUUUCGGAAUUCGUGGCUCUGGCCAAGAAUUCUAAUGCUCUGGUCCGAGCCGCAGCGAACAAGAAUCUGAAGGGGUCAACUCGCCUCCAAAUCCUGAAGCACGCGCAGGACAUCGCUAUCAAAAUGAGCAUCUCCGACCAGACCGGAGGGUCUGGAGAGGCGUCAGGCCGGCGACACGCGCUUGAGACUAGGCAGGAGGAGUCCGACGACGAGGAAUACAAGGAAGCAGAGGGCGAUCAAGAAACCGAGGUGGCGGGUGAAGGGGAUGGCGACGGCAAGGACGGUGAGCAGCGAGACGGCAAUGUUGCCGCUGCGGCUGGCACCCAGAAAGCUGCGGUUGACACUCACGAUCUGACUGCCGCAGCAAAAACCGCGGCCCAGGAACCCUCCGCGCCUCAUGCAGAAGCGCAGCCUACUGCUGGCGCGAACGACGAAAACGCGGAAGCGAGCGACGAGGUCGCCUGCUCAACUGCGGUUGGACUCGAGACCGUGGCGGACGAUUCACCCGCGAAGGGCAAGAAGUAUGUGCCCUCUGGUGCUGGGAGUGUGGCGUUUGUUUGUGCGGUUUCCUGGAUGCAGUGUAAGGAAUGUGAUCUGAAGAGCGUGAAACAGGCCGCGCUGCUUGCAGGAGCAAACGAUCUGAGCGUGGUUCUCUACCUCGCAGUUUGGAAGCAUAUCGUCACGGCAGCGAUGAAGGGACAUGAUGCUGCUAAGAUCGAGCUCCAGGUCGCGAAACAUUUCGAGGACGCGAAGAAAGCAGCUGUCACGAAAAAUGAGAAGAGCAGGUGGAUGUGUUGA